AUGGAAGACUGUCAAAAUUAUUCAGAGAAAAUUCAUUUAGAAUCCAGCUCCAACAUAGGAUUUUCUCCUAGAUCUGAUUUGGUAUGGCACAGUGAUCAAUCGUCAAUUCCAUAUAUUGACCAAAAAGCAGCAGCUUUACAAGAAGAAUUAGAGGUCUAUAGAGAGCAAGUUAAAAAGCUCCAGUCAGAUUUGCAAGUAAGCAAAGAAACUCAGCUCGAGCAGCUUCAAGAAGAGCUUAAAACUGCACACAAAAAGCUAAUGAUACAAUUUUAA